CUUCUUGAAGGAGCUUAAUUGCCAGAAAACCAUGGAGGCAGUGAAUCAGAAAUCUCUUGAGAGAGCGGUUUCAAUGAGAGCCUUGCAAAUGGGAAACUCAUUUCCAUGUAUGGUUUGUGUUGUUGGAUUCCUCUUUGGAGUGUGCCUUGCCUCUUUCAUCUUGGCUGCUCUUACUUCCACCUUUCAGCUUGGCAUUGGUCGCUUCUCAUUCUCAAUGCUUAAUUUAACAUUCCAUUCUGACUCUCUUUCUCACUCUAAUAAUACCAUAAACUGCAAUGUUAAUGCUAAGGGAACACAGAGGCUAACAGAUUUCAACAGCAGAAAAGAUAAAGAAAAUGAGGAUAGUGUCUCUAUGCUUUAUUCAGGUUGGAGUUGUGUGUUAACUAAAUCUGAAAGUGAGGCAAAUGAGUGCUUGCACAAACUUGGAAUCAGUAGGUCCAUUUUGCCUUAUGCCCCACAUUUGGAAGACUGCAAAGCCAGGACACAGCUAUUCGAACGUCUCGAUAAGCGAACAGGAAAUGAGAACUUCCCUCAAUGGACAAGUUGGAAAGGAUUUUUGGACAUGCACCAUGUUGCUACAACCAGUGACCAGACUCAAAAUUUCAGGCAUCAAGCUGUAACUAAGGGUGCUUAUCCACCUUGGAUUGCAGGAUCUGAUGAAGAAAAUUACCCAUUGACUAGGAAAGUGCAACGUGACAUAUGGAUCCAUCAGCAUCCCUUAAACUGUAGCAAUCCGGAUGUCAAGUUCCUUGUAGCUGACUGGGAAAAAUUACCAGGAUUCGGCAUUGGUGCUCAGUUUGCUGGAAUGAGUGGACUCCUUGCUAUUGCAAUCAAUGAAGGCAGAGUUCUUGUAACUAAAUAUUACAAUAGAGCUGACCAUGGUGGCUGCAAAGGGUCUUCCCGGUCUAGUUGGAGUUGUUACUUCUUUCCAGAAGCCUCCCUAGAGUGUCGUCGACGAGCAUUAGAACUAAUGAAAAGCGAAGAUGCUUGGAGUAAAGGAAUUUUGACUGCGAAAGAAAAUUACACAUCAAAGCAUAUAUGGGCAGGGCCAACUCCUAGAAUAUGGGGUGAACCUUGGAAGUAUCUGCAACCAACAACUGAUAUAAAUGGCAGCUUGAUUACUUCACAUAGAAAGAUGGAUAUGCGGUGGUGGAGGGCACAGGCUGUGCGUUACUUAAUGAGGUUCCCAACUGAGUACACAUGCAGCCUAUUGAAUGAAGCUCGACAUGCUGCAUUCGGAAAAUUAGCUGCGAAAAUGGUGCAUGAAGGUCUUGCUGGAGACUGGACAAAGGGAAGUAAUAAUAAGCCAAGAUCUGAAAUUGAUGAAUAUGUGUGGUCCAAUCACAAGCCAUGGGUUCCUAGGCCUCUUCUAAGCAUGCAUGUAAGGAUGGGAGACAAAGCAUGUGAAAUGAAAGUGGUUGAAUUUGAAGAAUACAUGCAUCUUGCUGAUAGGAUUAGGAGGCACUUCCCAAACCUCAACAACAUUUGGCUCUCCACUGAGAUGCAGGAAGUCAUUGACAAAACCAAAGAAUAUUCUCAUUGGAACUUUCACUAUACAAAGGUAAGACGCCAAGACAGGAUGAAUGUUUCAAUGGCUGAGUAUGAAGCCAGCCUUGGGAGGGAGACCAGCACCAAUUACCCACUGGUUAAUUUCCUCAUGGCUGCUGACUCUGAUUUCUUCAUUGGAGCAUUGGGUUCUUCAUGGUGCUUCCUCAUAGAUGGUAUGAGAAAUACUGGGGGGAAGGUAAUGGCUGGCUAUUUGAGCGUUAACAAAGACAGAUUUUGGUAGAAUAAUUCUACCUCUUGUAAAUUAAUAUAUAGUUAUUAAGUCUUUUAUUUUUGGUGAUAUGACAUGGAUUCUUUGUAGUAUGUGUCAAAAAUAGUUCGUGGAAAUAAGAUUGAAGUUCUUUACUA